AUGGUCCACGUCUUCAGCUCUAUUGUGACUACCAGCCUUAGCACAAGCAUCAGCUCAACCAUUACGUCAAUGAGCUCUAACAACCCCACCAGCAUCCAGGCUUCCAGUUCUAGCAGCAGCUCUUCAGCAAGCAGUGCCUCAUCCAGCAGUUCCUCAGCAAGCAGUGCCUCAUCCAGCAGUUUCUCGGCAAGCAGCGCCUCCUCCAGUAGCUCCUCAGCAAGUAGUGCUUCGUCCAGCAGCUUGUCUAGCAGUUCUUCAUCCAGCACAGUAGGCCAAGUUACCACCACUGGCGCCGGAUUCAGGCUUCUUAUCCAAGCAACACCGACUAGUUUAGUUCGAAGGCAGCAUACAGUUCAACACUACCUCGCUUUCGACAACGGCAACACUAGUGUCAUUAUGAAGGGCUCAGACUCAGCAGCAUUAAUAUUCAGAGCUAACAACGAUACGUUCGUCUCGAAUAACCAAUAUCUAGGUACCAUUUCGGAUAAUUCAAUCUCCGCGGUCAAGCUAUUCACAGACAUGCCUGUUGGCUUACAAACUUGGUUCUUUAUCGGAAAGUUGGCCCAGCUUAGAGGUUCGGCUGGCUUUUGUUCAUUUAGUAACUUUGUUGCGGCAUAUGUCGAGCCCGGCAGCUGCCAAAAUCCAAUUUACCUUGUUUUGGAUACAGGAUCAAGUUCUACGACCUCAUCGGCUACUACAACAAGCAGCGGAACUUCGUCUACGAUCGUCGUCAGCCACUCCGUCGUCAUCCCUAACGACUAUAUCCAUUACAUCUACCAGCGUUAUAUCAAGUUAUUCAACUGGGAGUACCUCGGGAUCAUCGUCCUCGACUAUUUUAACAUCUUCCCCUGUCUCGACAUCUUCCCUUGUCUCGACAUCUUCCCUUGUCUCGACAUCUUCCCUUAUCUCAACAUCCUUGGCUGUGUCGACUCCUGGUUCUUCUACUUCCAGCUCGUCCUCCUCCGGAAUAGCGACAUCCUCUAUACCGUCGACCUCUUCAGAACUAUCAACUUCUUCCCAAGUUUCGACUUCCAGCUUACCGACUUCUUCUGCACCACCUCGGCUGCUUCCACUAUUACAAGCUCUGCAUCCAGCAGUGAAAGCUCAACCGCGACAGCCUCUUCUUCUACAUCGAUCCCAUUCCCUUCAGGGUUUAUUAUGCAGGUUACUGCGACCACUUCAACAAAACGUCGAAGGGCAGAAACACAGGGCUAUGUCACCUUCGAAGAUAGUGAUCAAGCCGGUUUGACUGAUACAAAAUCCUCGGCGUCGAUCUUUUAUCUAUAUGGGGAUUUCCUGGUCACGGACAACGAGCUAGUGGGAAGUAACAGUGAUUUGACAGAUACACCGCUCAUCAAGUCUGCCAACCCACCGGUUAGGUUCAAGUAUUGGACCUUCCCUGCUGGGGUCGGCCAGGUUCAGGGUGCAGGAGGUUUCUGCCUCUAUGGGAGCACUAUUUACGUGGUCAUCGACCAGACCACCUGUGCACAGCCCAUUAAUCUAGUGCAACAAGCUCCUCCAUCGGUAUCAACCUCUUCAUCCACCACGAUGUCGUCGACCUCACAGACCACAAGCUUAGUGACAAGUUUAGCUACAGGUACAUCGUCAAUGAAGACAACCACCGGUAGCCUAAGUACAUUAACAAUAACCGGGGAGAUCACCACAUCAAGCGAGACAAGCAUAGCUGCCUCGAGCCAAAUGACUUCGUCCGGAGAGACCACAACUUCAUCUGAGGAGAGCAGUUCAGCUAAGUCCACCACAUCAACACAGGCUUCUACUGUCUCGGAGACUACGACCAGUCAAUCGACGCUAAUAAGCACCAUGUCGAUCACAACGGCAGCCUCUAUAACAAGCUCCAGCACCAUAUAUUCUAUGAUGACGACAUCGUCCACCGCCCCAACAUCUACCUCGAUAGCCGGAUAUUACGAUGAUACCGAAUUCCAAUUCACUAGUGGAGCUUAUGACUACUACAUCUGCCCGGAUGUAGACGUUCAAGGUAACGACCUUGGACCGGCACAGACAGAGAGCUAUAAAGAGUGUGCUACCGUGUGUAACGGCUUAACUGGGUGCGCUGGGUGGACUACACCAAUCGGGCCCGAAUUUAACGGCUGUAACCUCAAGACAACGACUAACGAAGAUGCGCAAUCAUCCAGCUCUUACUGGAACGUCUGGUUCAGGAUCGUAACUACACCUCCGCCUACAACAAUAAUGAGUAUGUCUUCAACCAGCAUGACUUCAAGCACUGUCUCUUUAAUCACAAUAUCUUCAGCGCCCACGCGCUCAUGUGAAGCUUUGACCAAUCCAUUUACUGCCCCCAACGGUGCAACUUUUUCACUUUCUUAUGGUCAACGCCCUCAAUCAAUUACUCAGUUCGUUGCUCAGCUGGGACCAAUGUCAUUUGAGGCUUGUGUGGAUGCAUACUCUACCACAGAUAGCUGUGAAUUUAUGGUGUUGGACAAUGGCAAUUGCAAUCUUGCAGCGUCAGUCGGUGAACCUAUCUUCUCUGAAACGGGUUAUGAAUUUGCUUCCGUUAUGUCAGGGCCAGCCAUAACAUCAUCAUCAUCCACCACCACCACUACCACCACUGCGACUCCAGGGCCUACAUCAUGUGUGGAUCAAUCCGUCUACACUAGUCUAUAA